AUGUUCUCCUCAAGCAUCAUCGCCGCCCUCACCGUCCUCUCCACCCUCUCCAUGGCAGCCCCAACACCAGCCUGCCACGACUGCCUAGGUCCUUCUGGCCCUCAAUCUCUCGUCAACCCAGUCGUCAACAUCGAAGUCGUAACCUCCCUCGGUCUCGAUCCAAACAAGACUUCCUACCUUGUCCCAACAUCUAUCAAUGUCCCUACUCCUUGCUAUGCCUCUGAUGGAGUUUCCCGCUGCACGACUUCAGAGCUGAUCUUGUCCACCGUUGCCAAUACUACGGAUACAACCUACAUCGAAUGCCGUGUCUACGAAGACUUCAAGGCCACGAUCGGUGGCACGGUCUUCAAUCAGUCGAUGCCAGUUCAGAUCUCCACCAACACGGACUUUGUGGGAAGUUGGUUGUGUUACAUUGUUUAA